AUGAGUUCUUGGGAAGGUAGUAAGAAAAAAGAAAAGAAAACAUACACAGAAGAAGAUUUAAAGAAAGCAUUAAGAGACAUUCGUGAGAAGAAAAAAUCGAUAAGACAAAUAUGCAAAGAAUAUGCUAUUCCCAAGACCACAUUAUUGGACAAAAUCUAUCGAGUUAAGAAACCGGGAACAGAAUCAGCGCUAGGAGUGAAUGGCUUCUUAAUAUUUCUGAACAAAUCCUUUGUGCAGGGGUUCAAGCGUAAAUAG